CGGAGCGGGUGGGGGGAGGAUGGUGCCUGACCGGAGGAACGUUUACGUAGUGCUGGACGUACUAUGUGUGUCUGUCGCGUCCUUACCAUUUAUUAUUAUGUCACUGGUGAACUCUCCAUACAAACGGGGAUUUUAUUGCAAUGAUGAGUCAAUCAGGUACCCAUACCGUGAGGACACAAUUACUAAUGGACUGAUGGCCGGAGUCACUAUUUCCUGCACCGUAAUCAUUAUAUCCUCUGGUGAGAUGUACAUGGUGUUUUCCAAGAGAUUGUACUCCCGCUCUGAGUGUAACAAUUAUAUUGCUGCGCUGUACAAAGUUGUGGGGACUUAUCUUUUUGGGGCUGCUAUAAGCCAGUCUUUAACAGAUCUUGCAAAGUACAUGAUUGGACGUCCCAGACCAAACUUCAUUGCUGUGUGUGACCCAGACUGGUCCACUGUCAAUUGCUCAGGAUAUGUAACAGAUUUUACCUGUCGUGGUAAUUACGCCAAUGUGACAGAUUCCAGACUCUCCUUUUAUUCGGGGCACUCAUCCUUUGGAAUGUACUGCAUGUUAUUCCUGUCUCUGUAUGUCCAGGCUCGAUUGUGUGGUAAGUGGGCUCGACUCCUGCGUCCCACCAUACAAUUUUUCUUGUUGUCGUUUGCUCUUUAUGUGGGAUACACACGUGUCUCUGAUUACAAGCACCACUGGAGUGACGUUCUUGUGGGACUCCUGCAGGGAGCAAUCGUGGCUGCUUUCACUGUGCGUUAUGUCUCAGAUUUCUUCAAGAUCAGACCUCCACUUCAAUGUACCAAAGACCCUCUUGAGAGCAAACCAAGUCUGCAGCUUAGUGAAUCGGACCAGAAUCAUUUUGGAUACCUUGGAGGAUCCUGAGACCUUUGUCAAUCUACAUCUAUCUCUGACCUGCACCAUCCACCUUUUUGAGGCUAUAUAAAGCUUGUGGUCUCUGCUUGGGCAGCUCAUGGACUGAAUGAACUUGUUUCUACCGGUAGAAAAAUGUUCAUAUUUUUCAGAUCUUACAAUUUAAUUUUUAUUUUACAGCACAAAUUACCAAAGUAAUUUUUUAAAACUCUUUGCUUCUUUUGUUGUCCUGUCGGUGUGACUGUCUACACAUACUGUGUAUAUGUUCAGAUUUUUGUACCGGCUGUGAGUGAUUGUGUCAGUCUGUGGGUGGGAUUUGUGUGCAUGAAUGUUCUUGACUGACUGAAUUACAGUAGCCAGGAUCAUAGUGCCAGCCUGUGGUUGGCAUUGUGUGGGCCUUUUGCUAGAAGGAGAGGCCAGUACUUGCAGCCUGAGUGCUUUACUGCAAGAAGCAGUUUGACCUCCCUGUCCUAAUUUUACAUGAGAUUUGCCCUAUUACCACUUUAAUUGAGUAUCUAUUUACCUGUUUGUCUGUGUCCUGCUUCCUAACCACUGCUCACCACCUCUUGGUUUUCAGGGGGUUAAAAGGAGGUCCUUUUUGGAACUACCACAUGUGCCUUAAUGGGAGAGUAUAGGAUGAGCACCUCCCAAAUAUUCCUUGUAUAUAGUGAUUCAAAAGGUUUUACUGUGUGUGUAAAUAACACUCUUGAGUCUGUGUGCAAUUAACAGUUUUCUCCUGCAUCAUAUGGCAUUCACAUGGAAUAACCUCUUCUGUGUUACCAGCUUUUGCCACAUGUAUGGACCUGUCUACUUCAAUCCAAAAUAAUAAAAAAAUGAAAUUCAGUAUGCUUUGUGCCUUCAACCUAGCACAUGACCUGCUCACUUUAAAACACCUGUAGCCUCCUCUUUAAUGGUUUCUUCCUUUUCUGCACCUUUUUUUUGUGGCCAUUAAUUGCAGUGGGCCUAGAAUAAAAAGCAGGUCACCAACUCCAUUAUUUUCUCACUGUAUUGUGUUAGUGACACUAAGAGAAUCAUUUUUUUAGAGAACAUGUUCUCUGCCAAUACACAGACCUUAGAGGAUCUUGUCUAAAUACAGCUUCUGUAAUUAAUGCUUUUUUAUUGUAUAAUAUAAGAAUAAACUGCAGUGGCAGUGGGGCAAUACAGUACCCACUUCCAUUUCUCUCACUAAA